GUGAUGACGCAACCGAACGUUUCAAAACAAAAUUCCUGAACAGGAGCUGAGAAAAACGUGCGAUCGUUUCGGGCGCCAGAAGUCGUCAAAACGCACAAUUUUACUCUUUCUGUGAUGAGGAUGUAUUCAAGAUGAAGGGCAGAGGUGAUACCAACAGACAGGGUGGGAGGGAACAAUUGCAAGAACAGGCCAGCCCAGCUUUGCUAGAUACAUGCACACUGCAUCACACCGAGGACCCCUGGCAGCCCAGCUUCAAACUGCAGCAGUAUGGUGCCUAUAGCAACUCUGGAACACAGGAAGUGUUGCGGAAAGUUCAGAGCAUCCUGAACAAGCUGACUCCACAGAAGUUCCAGACGCUGUGUCAGCAGGUUCUGGACCUGGACAUAGUGACGGAGGAUGGACUGAGGGGUCUGACUCACCUGGUGGUGGAUAACAUGAUCACAUCAUUCUCACCUGCCGGACCUAACUACGCAGAGGUGUACGCCAACCUGUGCAGGUGUCUCAUUCAUCUGAAGGCUCCCAGUAAGGACCAUCCGCGGGAGAUGAUUAACUUCCGACAGGUCCUCCUGCGCAGGUGUAAGGCGGAGUUUGAGAGGAUCAGCGAGCUGGGACAGAAAAUCAGCAGGGGACAGCAACUUCUGGAGGUGGUGCCGGAAGAGGAGAAGCCAAAGUUGCAGCUGGAGCUCCUGAUGGCCAAACGCCGAGCGCUGGCGAUGGUGAGUCUGAUCGGUGAACUGUUCAAACUGAAACUGCUGACGGCUAACAUCAUGCACAGCUGUGUGGAGAAACUACUGAAGGCGUGUUCAGAGGAGAGUCUGGAGUGUCUGUGUCUCCUGCUGACUACCAUGGGCAAGGAGCUGGAUCUGGAACAGUCGAAGGCAAAAGUGGAUCAGUAUUUUGAAACUUUGCACCAGAUUAUCAACCAGAAGAGGGCUUCUACUCGCAUGUGCUUUCUGAUGAGGGACCUCAUUGAUCUAAGAAUGAAUGACUGGGAGCCCAGACGACCCAAGAACGUGCCGAAGACCCUGGAGCAGAUCCACCGAGAGGCAGAGCGGGAGACUCAGCAACUACAGCAGAGACUGGGGCAGCAGCCCAGGCAGCGCAGGAGACAGUGGGAGAGAGGCCGAGGCUGGCGGCAGGGAGUGAGGAGGGGGAGGGGGGCAUGGGUGUUCCAGCAGCUGAGAGAACUGUCCAUGAACGUACACCUGCCUGCUGCUGCUGAUAGCAGUGUGGACACCGUGAGAAGUAGUACCAGUCUCCCAGAACAGACAGUAGGCUGGCAGCAAUAUGGGAGGUCAGAGACGUGGGACGCAGCGUGGGACAUGCUGGAUACACCCACACCCGACCCAGUCAGUACACCUACGUCUGACCCAGCCACGCCACAGAGACAGCAUACAACAGAUAAACAGCCUGAGACUACCUCUUUGACUGCCCAAACUGUGGAGAACAGAACAGAGGCUGCUGUUGAGGACAGACCCAGACUUCCCAUACAACAGAUCGCUGCUUUCCUGGACAUCCUGGUUAAAGAGGACGUGCAAAAUGAACAUAUCAUUGCCUGGAUCCAGGACAAUAUUGAUGAAGCGAGGAGAAGAGAGCCAGUAUUCAUCCGUACUUUGAUGACUGCUGUGUGUAAAAGUGCAAUCACAGGUGAAAGUCCAAGUCUAAGGUGUGACACCCAGGCUGUCCAGAAGAGAGUUGUUCUGUUGCAGAAGUACCUGGACAACGAGAGCACCAGAGAACUGCAGGCACUCUUCGCACUACAGGCACUCAUAGUAAAGCUAGACCAUCCCCCACAUCUCCUGAGGAUGUUCUUUGACACCCUGUAUGAUGAAGACCUCAUCUCCGCCGAGGCCUUCUUUGCCUGGGAGUCAGACUCUGAUCCAGCGGAGCAGGCUGGGAAAGGCAUCGCCGUCAAAUCUGUCACCGCGUUUCUCGUGUGGCUCAGGGAGGCGAAGGAUGAGUCCAGCUCAGAUGGACAGAAGGAAAAGGGAUGAAAAAAAAUUGUAUUGAAUUUGUGAUGCCAGAAAAUAAAUGGGAAAGACCACAGCUCCAUUUUCCUUUUUCUUGUUUAGGGCCAUAUGCUGAUUACAUUAUAUGGAUGACAUUGACACACAUCAAUUUUUUGUCCAUUUCUACAUUUUUUUUGCACACUCGCUUCAGUUUUGGUGUACACAGAGGAUGUUAUCCAUAUAAUCAAAUCAGUGUGGCCUAUUAGACAAAGGUAACGGUGAGAUGGGAAAUCUUCAAAAUUGUAGCAUUUUUGUUGUAAAAUUUACUUCUCAUAAUUUGGCUCCACUGAAUAUGGAUACAGAUGGAUUAUCAUAGAAACGUGUGUUUUACUGAAAUGAAUUUUUUGUCCAACAUUUCUGAAAUCUUGAUUUGUCAUUAAAGAG